UCGUUUUACUUUACUUCUAGGAUAUCUUCUUGGAUGGCAUUCAAUGAACGUCGAUUGUAGGGAUCUUAGCUGAAUAUUCGGAAGUACUUCGGGAAACAGAGGGAGAAUAAGAACAAUAGUAACCGAUUUGUGGAACUUUGAAUAAGUUAAGGUGUUGACGAUCCCGUAGCAGCGUACGACUUCAGAGUAGACUUGUUGUGGGAGAAAAGCAAGAACUAGUUUGUGAAGUCAGACAACUGCAGAGACUACUUGUUGUUGUCAUCCUUGCCGAGCAAAAACAGCGAUGCCGGCAGUGGCAGUGACUCCUGUAAGGUUUGCCACCGUCUCCCGCUCCCGCCCUGGGAUCAGGCGGACGACGUUUCGAUGCUGCCUCAUUGCCUGCCUCGGCGUGUACGCCUCAUGUGCUACCAAGUGGAGCCUCAUUGACAUCAACAUGACGCAGUUCUUGAUAAAUAACCACUCAGCUGUGAUGAGGGCACAGUCAGCUCUCGUCUGCGUCCUGCAGGCGGAACAAGUCCUGCGCAACGCAAGCCGCGGCCUCGCCUGCUACUCCGACGGCCGCUGCGUCGUCGCAGACGGACCCUACGACCACCUCCGAGGACCGACCUCGGACAGCUCGACGUGCUUCUCGUUCGGCCUCGGGAGCGGGUGCGUCAGUCCUCCUGGUGGCCUCAACGACACGCUCACCGCGGGGGUGCCCUGCAACGUGUCGCUGAGCUGCAUGCCUCAGGGCUGGGCUGACGGCAACUCUCCCAACAAAAGUGCGCCCCGACCUCAAGGAGUGAAGUACACCAGUGACGGUUGCUUCCUAGCAAGCACCUUCGCGAUGACGUGGUGCGCCGCGUACCAAUAUUGCCUUGACGUUGGCGGGAAACUCUACGCGCCCACCGACCCCCAGAAAUACAUGAACUUCACUGGCAUCGUCUCUGGAACGAUUUGGGUGGGUGCUGUUCGGAUGCCGGACAACUCGUGGAUGUGGCUCAGCAACGGACGCGGAUUGGUCGUGGCUGCAGACUGGAACCCAGGACAACCGAAUGAACAGCAAGCUUAUUGUGGCUACAUGGAUACGAGCCUCUGGGGACUCUGGGACGCCACUUACGGAUUGUUGAAGAAAGCUCUGUGUUCGAUGAGUGAAAACUAAACUCUUGGUUUUCAUUUCACGAAGUACUUACAUAGUAUUAAAUAUUGGUUUCUCGAGAAUGAUAUUUCCUGUCUCGGUGCCUGCACUUCACUUUCAUAACGAACUAUGUAUUUAAAGGCAAUAACAAUGAAAAAACUUUACUGGGGUUUUCAUUGUAAAUGAAUUUUUUGGAUAACUUGUGAUUUAAGCUAACUAAUGAUAUAAAGUCUCGCAAAGUUCUGUUUUAGUAGGACGAGUGCUUGUUUCGUUCCAUUGAUGUCAAAAUUGCAUGUAUUAGGAGUAGAUGUGAGUGAAUUAUAGAGGCUCAGGGUUGCAAUGCAACUAACAGGUUACCAUGGCAUGUCAUGGUAGCCACAUCACAAAUCGAUCUUGACUUCAUUGCUAAAUACUGCUAUUGCACUCGCUUCGAAGAUUAAGCUAGAUUUGCUGGCACUAAUUUCUAAGAUAUUGAAUAGAGUAGCCACUAUCGAAACACAUGCACUCAAGAGAAGAUCAAUAUUUUAUAUACCUCCGGCCUGGUAGAUUAGUGAAGAUUGGCAAAUUACCGGCGUUUUUAUACAAUGUCUUUGCUGUAAAUGUUUUGCUUCUCCAAAAUACAGUCCAAUGGUAUACCGUACGAAUGAAUACGGUAUACCGUAUGCUUAUAAAGUGAGCAUUCUGCCUCUAAAGGUCAUGGCAACUCCGAUUGAUGUUAUACGCUUCCGAAUUCUAAAUGUUGGCAUUAAGAUCUAAUAUUUGAUUCUGCUUCAAUCCGAAUGUGUAAAUGAGGAAAUGAUACUUUUACAACACUUCCCUUUAACUUUACUUUUUACAACACUUCUCUCUUUACAACUUCACUUCGUGCUGGUUGUU